AUGAGGCGGAUCCUGACGGUGGUGCUCUGAGACGGUCGGUCGCCAUUGGCUGAGCGCCCUGAGAGCAAAAGGCCCAGCACAGCUUCCACUGCCACAGUCCCUUUAACCCAGCACUGAAUCUGCACAGCAGCUCAGCCAUACGGGGCACGAGAGGCGUCUGAAAAAGAGGGGGCCAGGAUGGACGUGUUCAUGAAGGGGCUUUCCAAGGCGAAAGAAGGCAUGGCGGUGGCCGCGGAGAAAACCAAGGAAGGCGUCGCGGUGGCAGCCGAGAAGACUAAGGAAGGCGUGAUGUUCGUGGGCAGCAAGACCAAAGACAGCGUUGCGACGGUGGCUGAGAAGACGAAGGAGCAGGCGUCUCAGCUCGGCGGGGUCGUGCUGUCUGGUGCCGGAAACAUCGCCGCAGCCACCGGCCUCGUGAAGAAAGACGAGUUCCCCAGUGACAUGAACCCUGAGGAGUUUGGUCAGGAGGCCACUGAGGAGCAGAUGGGGGAGGCAAUGAUGGACCCAGAGGGAGAAGCAUACGACGAGAAUCAGCAGGAGCAGACCCAAGAUUACGAGCCCGAAGCGUAAAGUAUCCAUUCCAAAACAAUGUCCAACCAGCAGCACAAUAAUGUUUCUAACAAUAAUAAGGACAGACGCUGAACUCAUCACAAUAACCCCUGUUGCAAAAAACAGCAAAAAAACGAAAAAAAAAUGCAGUUAUUCCUGCCGAAAAAAAGUUCUUCCUAUCAGAUAUAUAUAUAAAUAUAAAUAUACUUUUAAUAUGAUCUAUUGUAAAUGUCCUGUUCUGGCUGUAAUGUGGUGGGUGUAGUUCUCUUUAUUGACUGCAGGGGGCAGCUCCGUCUCGUUUCCUUGAUUCCCUCCCAAUGAAACGAGACUCGUUCCCCCUCCGUGGCUCUUUGUGCCUGUGUACAUGUGUUUCUAUUUGUGUAAUAGAUGUUUCUGAUCUUCCAAUGUCAUAUUGGGGGUGAACAAAAACAACAACAAAAAAAAAAUUCUAAUAAACACGAGGAGAACGAUGAUAUUAUAUAGAGCUGUGUACGAUGCCUGUUCGUGGGACUUUAUUUACUUCCUUUAUUUUUCAUUUAUUAUUGAAGCAAAGUUGUUUAUUUAAUGUUUUUCAAGUAAGAGUUUUAUACAUUGUAACUUUAUAGUUGCUUGUGAUAUCAUUCCAGUGAACUCUCUGUUAGAAAUGGGCAGUUUGUAUCCGUUUGCGUGUUUGUGUGCGUGCGUUUGUGUACUGAAGAUUUUAAAAGUCAGUGUAAAUGUGUCUUGAGAUGUUUAUGGGUAUCAGAUUAGUGCUUUACAAUGCUGGAAAUGUCAAUAUACAGGUUUCUGUGUCACGCAAGACAAGCAAAUCCUCUGUAAAUAAAGAAAUAAAAACAACAAAAAAACA